UCUUGAAGAACUUAACUUAUACACGCAAAUCAAAAUGUAAGUUAGAUUUUUCAAGACUGGGCAAACUUUUAGCAACAUCUUCCUCAAUAUAAGUAGGCCAAAGCUGGUUUCAAGUCUUCAUCCAUUUUGGUAUCUGAUUGUUCUUUGAUUCUUGGAAAUGGAUGAAAGGUUAAAGAGAGCAGCUGAAACAGGAAACAUCGAUGCCUUGUAUUCAUUCAUCCACCACGAUGCCAAUGUUUUCAAGCGUAUAGAUGAGAUGGAGUUUGUGGAUACGCCAUUACACGAUGCUGCAGUUGCGGGCAAUACCGGUUUUGCAAUGGAGAUGAUGAACUUGAAGCCAUCGUUUGCCAGGAAACUGAACCAGGAUGGGUUUUCCCCCCUUCAUCUAGCCUUGCUUACUGGAAAACCAGAAAUGGUGGUUGAUUUUUUAUCGGUUGGUAAAGAUCUUAUUCGUGUUAAAGGAAAGGGGGGUUUCACUGUUCUUCAUCAUGUUGCUUUGGAUGAAAAUUAUGCUCAUCUCUUGCGUCGGUUGUUGAAUGUUUGUCCCGAUUGUAUCUUUGAUUUGACAGUUGAGAGACAAACUGCUUUGCAUAUAGCUGCAGAGAAAAACAAAUUGGAAGCAUUUAAAGCGAUGUUGGAAUGGAUUCAAAGUGCGUUUGAAGACGAUAAGUGUAAGAGAAGUAAAAUAUUGAACUAUCAGGAUAAGGAUGGCAACACUGUACUGCACUUAGCUGCAUCAAUUAACCACCCCCAGUAUGUAGGGUAAUGCUCGAAUGUAGGGGAUUGUUUAAAACGCAAUGCAUUUUUGUGAAUUAUUUGCGGAAUUUUAAAUGAAGCAGAUGAUCAAACUGUUGAUAGAAUGUGAGGAAGUGGAUAAGAACAAGAUCAAUGACCG